AUGGCUGCAGAGACGUACACCCUUCUAGGUAGGUCGAAUGCCGCAUUCCGUUCUCGCGCAGAGACUCACACGAUCGAUGGAGGCUCUGUCAAAGUCAUUGAACGAUUUUUUGAACUGCCACUCGACUACGCCAACCCAGACGGCCCAAAACUCAGAAUCUUUGCGCGGAACCUUGUGCCGACGAAAAAGUCGCAAAAUGAUGAACAAACCCAGUUGCCGUUCAUUCUAUAUCUGCAAGGUGGGCCUGGUUUCGAGUGUGAUCUGGAAACCAGUGUCCAAAUGGGCGGACCGACUCUUUGGCUAGACUCCAGGGGGACCGGCCUCAGCACGCCGUUCUCAGCAGAGCUCGUCGAGGGAAAGACUGACACGCAACUCUUUGACUAUCUGAAGCAUUUCCGCGCGGAUAAUAUCGGUCGGUGGUUUUCCAAUAGAGGGCGUGCUUUCAUCUACGACGUAGUCCGCGACUGUGAGGCCAUCCGAACACAACUUCUAGGUCACAAAGAGGAUCCAGAAGACCGAAAAUGGACAAUCCUGGGCCAGAGUUUUGGUGGUUUCGUUGCGCUGACCUACCUAUCCUUCUAUCCAGAGGGUUUGAAGGAAGUCUUUCUGACUGCGGGGCUUACACCCUUGGUCGACGCUCCUGCCUCAGUCUUCGCCACUCUGAUGGAGCGUGUGAUCGAGCGGAACAAGAUUUACUAUGAGAAGUAUCCUCGGGACGUUCAUCGUAUUUUGAAUUAUUUGGAUUCCCAUGAUGUCCGGCUUCCCAACGGAGGUCGUUUGAGUACUGGUCGUUGGCUCCAGCUGGGCAUUGAUUUCGGAAUGCACGGUGGCAUCGAUCGUGUUCAUCAACUUGUCUUGCGUGCCGCAAACGAUCUGGAACUCUUUAGCAAACUCUCAUAUCGCCUCCUGCAUAAAAUCGAAACAAAGCAAGAAUGCGACAGCAACCCAUUCUACGCGAUUUUGCACGAGGUGAUAUAUUGCCAAGGACGGGCGGCCAACUGGGCAUGUGGUCAAGUACUCAGUCAGUAUCCUCAGUUUCUCUGGGACAAGGCCAAAGCGCAACCCGACGUGCCUGUAUACUUCACGGGCGAAAUGGUUUUCCCCGAGAUGUUGGAGGAAUACGCGAACUUGCGUUCAUUGAAAACAGUAGCGAACAUGCUCGCCGAGUAUUCCGAAUGGCCGGCACUCUAUGACAAAACGCAGUUGGCAAAGAAUACCGUCAAAGUGACUUCUGCGACUUAUUUCGACGAUAUGUAUGUCGACUUCAACCGAGCUCAAGAGACAGCUCGAGCCAUUGGCAACCUCGAGCAGUACAUCAGUAACCAGCACAUGCACAGUGCCAUUCGAAAAGAUCCUGCUACCGUAAUUGGCGCGCUAUUCAAGAUUGCCCGUCGCGAGAGGGACUAG